AUGCCAGUCAAUCCAUACGGGCGUCCCAUCGACUGGGUCAAGCUUGCACACCUCGACUCACUCGGAGAUACGAUCACAGUACCAACCACUCGUCCUGGCCUGUUGGCAGUUGCUUGCAUCGUCGAAUACUAUGAAGCUACUCGAUAUAUCAACUGUAUCAUGUGCAGAAAGUCAGGCAAAUUGGAUUUCGAGAGAGUAGGAAAGUAUAGUGGCAUUGUUGAGCUUGUCAAGGUCGAUACCCCUAACGCGCCCGGUUGCUCUCCUGACUGGUUACGAGUAACAGCAAAUGACACAAAGUCCAUCAUGUGUGUAGUCGCAUACUAUACGACCUCAAGCUCCUCUGACAUCCAAGCCUUCAUCUUGUUCGAAGGCGGGUCUCUAGAGAUUGACGAUUGCGUUAUUAAUUGGAGACCUCAUGUACCGAAUGAAGUUGUUCCUCUUGAAUUGAUAGCAUCUACGGCAUUUCUCAGUGGAAUCAGUGUUGCCAAUGGUACAUUGCCCACCGGAUCUGGUGAAAACAUUGCUGAUGCCAUGCGAUCGCAUUCUCCAAAUAUUGCACCGCUCGGCGAUGUCAAAUUUUCCCAGCCAUCUCAGGAUCAAUGUCAAUCUGUACAGCCAUCAGAACCAACUCAAAGACAGUAAGUUAGCCCUUUUUUCCAACAUUUGAGAGAAAAAAAGCACUAACUUUGAGCAUAGAGUCCACUCAUACACCGACAGCCUUUCGCCAGCUUUUAACCCAACGGCUUUUGGAAGACUGGGUUGGAGCCAGAACAAUGCUUCUCGGCGAGUAUACUAUAUAACAUCGGCAUCUUUGAGUGACAAUAGCUAAUUGAAAGCAGUGCCUCAACAGAAGAUCCAGAUGAUGAAUUGAAUGCUUUAGAACAAGCUUCAAUGCCCGUCAAGCGACGAAAGCUCCCUGAUUCUCGCUUUGGAUUUUUAUCCUCCGGCGACAGUAUUCCAACAAGCCCCGCACCGCACAACGAAGGAUUUAUGGUUCAUCGAAAGUCUUUCCAAAUCAAGAGCGGAAUGGAUAUGGCGCUACCAACGAACAUGAUGUAUCGAGGACUGAUGCAACAUUCUCAAAGUAAACCUCAGUCAUACCAAUAUAAGUAGGUCUCUUCCCACCUGCAUCAAGAGAAAUUUUAACAUGACUGGAAGUAGACAACAGUUCGACCAUCAAUCCUGCCGCAAUUUGCAACGGGACUUCAACGCAAGCAAGCCUAAUGGAUUUAUGACCCCUUUUCCCACUGACAAUCAGCGUUUCCGCGAGUCUAGUUCCGACUUUAGUGGUGUGUAUACAGCUAGAUAUAGCAACUAUACGACCGCUAAUACAGCCAUGGAUUUGCACAGCGGAAAUAUGACAGGUAGGCGCCGAACUGCAGAUGGGUUGGGACGCGCUCCAACAACUCAAGCCUAUAACCGCAUCAACGAGGGUCCAGGCAAUCAGGCGCUCAUUGGUACAAGCCCGCUGGGUUACAAUCGAAACUUGAAUAUGUUCGUUACACGGUAUAGUUUCUGACCAAUUUCAUUUUAUAUACUUCCGCUAAGAAAGAGUUCAGAACCGCAGGUAUUCCACACGGCAGCAAGCCUCCAUCAACCAUUUCCCCCGUUUCGACCGAUGAGCAAAUCUGCCCCGAAGGCUGGAACACGAUACCUGGAAAUUCCCAACCGAACCUGCGAACAUUACGUCCAAAGCCAGUCCAGAGAUACCAGGAUGUAGUAUUUCUUACACCUUACGAAGAACCACCACCAUCUUACGAAGAAGAGCGAAAGGGAAAGAAGGGAAAUAAAUCAUAG